AAUUUCCAAUUUUCAAGCUUUUCAAUGGAUAUGGGAAUAUGGUUGCGUUACGUAGACGCGCGUUGUGAAAUUGUUCCCUGACCCACACUCCCAAUCUCUGCAACUAUAAGUACGCUUCGAACGUAACGCCCAACACCGCCAUCUUCAUCUACAAUCUAACAAAGAUCCAACAACCCGAUCAAUCUCAAAACACUCAUGGGUUUGAAGGAGGACUUUGAGCUGUAUGCUACCAAAGCAAAAACUUUGCCACCAACUCAAACAAAUGAAGACUUGCUUAUCAUUUAUGGAUUGUACAAGCAAGCCACUGUUGGACCUGUUAACACUGCCCGUCCUGGAAUGUUCAACAUGAAGGACAGAGCUAAAUGGGAUGCAUGGAAGGCUGUUGAAGCGAAAUCCACGGACGAUGCAAUGAAUGAUUACAUCAUUAAGGUGAAACAGUUGCUGGAACAAGCUGGCUUGCCUGCUUGAAAACAUUCUCAAGUCUUGCAUUAUGAUUCUGUGCUACAAGUUCCCAACUGUUUGGAAAUAAACAAUUGCAGUGUUUGAAGCUUUUAUAGUUAAACUCUUAUUUACUCGUAAUGAUUUAGACUUGUUGCUUUGAGUUCAGUUAUCUGUAUCACUAUUCACUGUGAUUGAAAAUGCUAUCAGACAAAUGCAAUGGACCUCAGAGUUUCUUUAGUAUAAUUAGAAGUUAAAACUACUACUUUUCACUUC